ACAUCACCAUGGGCGUGGAAAAGAUCAUGCUGAGACCUGGGAAUGGUAUUGACGUCCCAAAAAAACAUGACGAGGUCUCAAUGGAGUACACUGGGUGGCUUUACGACGACAAUGCGCCAGACGGCAAAGGCAAACAGUUCGACUCUUCAGUAGGCCGCGGUGAUCUCAUCACCCCAAUUGGCGUUGGCCGCGUUAUUCUGGGCUGGGACGAGGGUAUUCUCGGGUCGGCGAAGAGUUCACCCAUGACAUUAGGCGAGAAAGCUACGUUGACAAUAUCACCUGAUUACGGCUAUGGCGAAAAUGGCUUCCCGGGGCACAUUCCGGCAAAUGCUAGGUUGAUAUUCGACGUCGAACUAAAAGCUAUAAACGGAAAAAGAGCGUGAACAAUUCACACUACUUACGGAGACUAUAUUGGGCAUUCAACUGCCGGUUGACGAACUUUCGCGUGUCUACCCGACGCGCUCAAUCAACCCGCUUGUUAGCUUGCCUUAACAUUGGCAUGUUUGAGCUGGUGAUUUAUUUUUCUUAAUCCAGUAUACUUUGUAAGGGAUCGGACUCGAAACCAAGGCGCACACAAUGAUACCACCGGAUUAUGGUAGUCGGUUCUCGGCGCAUACUACACAAAAGUUGGAAAGUUCGUACCUAUCUCAAUAGACUUGUAUCUGCUGCCAUUCUGCAGAUACCCAU